AUGGAACUGGUGGAGUCAUUCAGAAAAGAGGCAGACUCAACCCUGCUGUUUCUUCGAUACAUCAGCUCUAUUACAAUAAUGGAAAACAGGGACAGUGUAUUGUAUGAAGUGACUAUAGAGGGAACUAGCACAUCAGUAGACAACUUUUCUGGCUUACGAGAAUGCACAAGAGAUUGGUUAAAGAACACAAGCACAAAACCAGAGGAUUCCCAAAGUGUUGCAUACAAUGCCCUGGUCAUCACAAGGAAUGGAAAAGAGGGUUCAGAAAAGAAAGCUAAGUUCAAAAUCGUCAAUUUUUACCAAGGCACGAAAGAAAUGUCACAGGAUCUCAAAACAUUGUCAGAAGAUGGAGAUAAUGCCCCCUUUGUUGGCGUAGCUUAUCCUCUACAGAUAGAGGAAUCAUUUACUGCUCAUGUGUUCUGUUUUCUACCUUUGCCUUUUCAAUCCAGUAGUUUGACCAAUCUACCUGUACAUGUAAAUGGCUUUUUUAACCUGGAUCCUGCACGAGACCAUGUUUUACAUACCACAGCAGGGCAGGUUGGUGAGAGAGAUAAAAACAUAGAAUGGAAUGAGCGACUGAUUCAAGAAGUAAUAUCUCAAGCAUAUAUAAAGCUGAUUGAGGAUCUUUUCAAGGAAGGUAGUCCACGAGAGAUUGUCUAUCGCUGUUUGCCUGAUGUCCAGAAAGUUGAAAGUGCAUUGUGGAAACUUCUCAUUCAGCCUGUCAUGGAAAGUGUCCUCAGAAUGAACAUCUUCCAGACUGAAAAGCAGGAGAAAACUUGGGUUAAUUAUGAGCAGGCUGUGUUUGAUGUUUUUGUCGACAGAGAAAGAGAAAUAGCAGAGGAAACAAAGGAAGUAGUGAUAGAGCUGAUUAAAGAGUACGAAGAAAACUUGGUCAUAUUGCCAAAGCAUUUGAGAGUUUUAGUGGAGUCAAAUACAGAAUACAGAUUUCUACCUGAAAUCCAGCCAAAGGUUAUAAGCACAGAAUACAUUGCCAAUCUUCUGCUUAAAGACAACCGGUAUAAAGAGAAGAAGAGAUGCACCAAAUUAGUACUUCUGGAUUACUUCUUAGAAUAUGGCCAUCAAGAAGAAUGGAAACAACUGGAACUGUUGCCAACAAAUGACAAGACCCACUUUGUGUCUCUAGCAUCCACAAGAACUCUGUAUUUAUGCUCAGAAACUGAAGCUGCUCUAUUCCCAGAGUUAGAAAAGCAAUUGCUAUCUGACUUGAAAGAAGACAUGAAAGUCAAAUUGAUGACAAUGCAAAGUCAAACAAAGUCUUUAAGGAAAUGGAGUCGUAAAGAUUUUCCUCAACUACUCAAAGCAUCUGUGGAAGCACAAGGAAUUGUGUCAUCAACUCAACUUGACAACACAAUAAGACAAAAGGUGUCAUCUUGGAUCAAAGGGGUUUGGUCGUUUUUAUCUGAUAAUCAAGAUCUGAUCUCAGAUGUUGAAAUGCUUCCAAUUCUACCAGAAUCCAGGAAUGGAAAGUCAGCUAUUCAUAGCCUGCAUUCUUUGAAGGGAGACUAUAUGCUUACACAGUCACAUGGUUUGACUCCACUUCCUGUUGAG